AUGGAUUCUCAAUUAUCUUAUCAUUUUAAUCUAUUAAUUUCUGCUGUUAUCAAUUUUCUUAUUUCAAUUAAUAAUAUAUAUUUUCAACAACAUUCUCAUUCGACAUCUUCUCCAAAUUUAUUCGAUAUCGAACAACCUCCUCCGAAUUAUACAUCAAGACACGAAUCUAUUAACGAUUUUCUCGAAAAGAAUCGAAAUAUAAAUAAAUACAAAUUUUUUUUAAAAGCAAAUGAUAUCGAUCGUAUUAACACGAAACACCAAUAUAUCUACGGUCUUAAUGGUGGAUCUUGUUGGAAUU